GUGUAUCGCGAUCCUUCAUCGGUAAACGUGGUCCAACGUAGGACCAGAUCCAGGACCCUUUCCGGAGGAAACUACCUCCUGCGUGCCGUGUCGGAGCCUCAGAAACCUCCGCCCGAAGUAACUGGCACUGUCGUCGUCUUCGAUUCCACCGAGAAGACGAAGCGAUUUGACCCCCGAUUUAUAAAUCCCUCCUCCCGCUUCCAUGGAUCCGCCCGUCGAUCUUGCCGACAAGAAGAAAUCUGACGCCGGGCAGCCGCCGGACAUCGCCACCCCUCCGCCUCCUCCCCCAUCUUCCAACCAACCCCAAUCCCAGCCGUCUGAUCCUUCAGUGACGGCCCAGAAAUCCGUCAGCUGGAGCAGCGAUCUGGCCAGCGACAGCCCUCCUUCCGCCGCCGCCGCCGCCACCAAGAUGCCGCCGGAAUCCAAUCCCUACGUCACUCCAUCCCCCGCCCCCUCCUCCUCCACGAAGAAUACGAUGGAGACGGUGCGCAAUGCGCUAGGGAGAUGGGGGAAGAAGAUGGGAGAAGCAGCGAAGAGGGCUGAGGAUCUGUCAAAGAAUACUUGGCAGCAUUUGAAAACAGGACCUAGUUUUGCUGAUGCUGCCAUGGGGAGGAUUGCUCAAGGAACCAAAGUCAUAGCAGAAGGUGGUUAUGAAAAGAUAUUUCGUCAAACUUUUGACACAGUUCCAGAAGAACAACUUAAGAAGUCUUAUGCAUGCUAUCUUUCAACAUCUGCUGGCCCAGUCAUGGGAAUUUUAUAUCUCUCUACUGCUAAGCUUGCAUUUUGUAGUGACAAUCCUCUUUCCUACAAGGUUGGAGACCAAACUGAAUGGAGCUAUUACAAGGUGGUAAUUCCUUUGCAUCAACUAAGAGCGGCUAAUCCUUCAGUGAGCAAAGUGAAUUCCGCAGAAAAAUACAUUCAGGUCAUCUCCAUUGACAGUCAUGAAUUUUGGUUCAUGGGUUUUGUAAACUACGAUGGUGCUGCAAAGAGUUUGCAGGAAGCUUUGCAGGCUGUGCAUAACUUGCAACCUUAAAGAUGGGCCAGAUGGCUGUAGGAUUUGGAUUUGCAUGCCAGCUCUUCCCCAAGGAACCGAUUGAGUGAUAGAUUCUGGGUUGUAUUAACAAACAGAACAUCUCUUCUGCUUAUAUGAUGAACUUUUCUGUAUCUUAUACCCAUUGAGGCAGUGAUUUCAGGUAUUCAUUUUGAAUCUUAAUUGGGUGAUGUUAUUGUUUGAUCACAGGUGAACAGGCAAACAGUUAUUUGUCUUGGUUAAACAGCCACUUGUGGUUCUCUGAAGUACUUCCUAGAGGCAGCAUGUUGAGGGCUUAUCUAGUUCUAAGGGUUACUGUUACCAUUGCAAAAUGCUUAGUGAUGACUUACAGUUUGAGUUGGAUUAAUGAAACCCAUCCCCCGAUUUAUCUUU